GAAGCAGGCACAGCGCUGCACAUCAGCCUGCGCUCGUAGCUGAGCGUCUCGCUGUCAGCCUCUAAUCACUACUUGCGGCCGCACUGCGCCUCGCCGCCAUGUCGUCCGAGCAGCUCGGCUCCUCGUCGCCGCUGCCCAUGGCCAACGGCAGCGCCGCCGCCAGCAGCCCGGCGCCGCGCCAGUCGGCGGCUGGCCCUAGCAGCGACGCUGCGACCGCGCACUCGACGCAGCCGUCGUUUGCCGGCGCCGGCAUUGCCAACAGCGACACGGUGAUGCACGACGGCGACGAGGCCAACGGCGCCGACUCGGCCGGCGAGUCCGACGGCGAGCAGGAGGAGGGCGACGAGGAGGAGCCGGAGGAGGAGGCCGAGGAAGAGGAGGAAGAGGAGGAGGAGUCGGGCGACGACGAGGGCUCGGAGGAGGAAGAGGAGGACGACGACGACGAGGGCUCGGACUCGGGCGAGUCGAGCCGCAGCAUGGCGACGGGCGACGGUGAGGAGCGCGGCGUCGAGGCGGCACUCGGCGGCGAGCCGGGCGACGCCUCGGCGGCGGCGGCAGUGCAGGCCGUCGACGCAAACGGCCAGCCGGCACAGACAGAGGGCUCGACUGCGGCCGCAACGCAGGGCGCGGAGGGCAGUGCAGACGCAGCAGCUGCGGCGCCGCAGGACGGCUCGGACCCCGCUGCCGGCCCGUCCGACCCGACGAUCCACAAGCCCAAGGUCAAGAAGCGGCGGCGGCAGAACCGCACGCCGUCGCCCGGCACGAUGCUGCCCGAGGGCCCGCCGCCGCGCCCGUCGAUGCGCAUGACGCUCACGCCGCUGCCCGUCGGCCGCGACCCGACGGUCGACUACAAGGACUACACCGUCUCCGUGCCCGACCUCAUGUACGACACGCUCAAGGCCGCCGGGCAGAGCGGGCCGUGGAUGAGCUACUGGGAGAAGAAGCGUCGCGACGCCGAGGAGGCCGAGGCGGCCAAGGUGGCGGCCGCUGCGCCGCCGCCCGAGGUGCCCAACGACAUUCCCGCCGACCUGCCGCCGGAGCUCGCGGCGCUGCUGGCCAAGCACCAGGAGACGGGCGUCGUCAAGAAGAAGCGUAAGCGCAGACAGAUGAAGGAGGACCAGUACGACCCCAAGGAUCCGUUCGUCGACGACUCGGAGCUGCAGUUCGACGAGCCGACGCACAGCGCCAAGCCGGACUCCGACGGCUUCUUCGUCCAGUACGGCGCGGUCGUCCUCGAGACGAUCAGCAAGAAGCCGCGCAAGACGCACGUGGCCAAGGCCGCCGACGGCUCGGCGCCGGCACUCUCUGCUGCGGCCGUGCUCAACGCUGCGACGUCGGCGGCCGUGCUGUACGGCAUCGGCACGAGCACCGGCAUCCGCGGCUCCACCACAGGCUCGUCGGCCGCCGCCAACAGGAUGCUGGCCAAGCGCGCGCUCGACCGCGGCAUCCUGCCGCCCAUGCCGCCGAAGCGCGAGAAUGGCGCGCCGGAGCGCAGCCCGAGCAUCUCGCGCGCCGGCGGUGCAAUGGGCCUGGGCAACCUGCUCAACGGCGGACCGUCCGAGGCUGCCAGUCCGUCGCGCUCGCCUGCGCUGGGCGACGAGUCGCGUCGCAGCGUGAGUCGCAUGUCUGAGGGCACACGCGCGGCGCCGAUCGACAUCGACGAGGACGACAACGUCAGCAUCACGGAGCAGGUGCUGGCCAAGUACGAAAAGGCGCUCGAGGGCACCGAGAUCAAGAACCGCGUCUACCGCUCGGACCCGCGCAUGCUGCAGGCGCUCGACGAGCUCAAGGUGCUCAUCGACGCGCAGGACUGGUCGACCAAGGGCCGCUUCCCGCCGGCACUCAAGCCGGCGCUCGUCAAGAUCUCGCGCCUCGCGCUCGACCUCGGCGAGUACAACGAGAAUUUCUUCAGCUGGAUGCCGCACCUCUUCCCGUACAACCGCUUUACGAUGCACAAACUCAUCAAGCGCGAGUUCUACGUCGAGCACCACUCGUACCUCAAGCUGCUGCAGUCCGAGCACAUGCAGCAGCUCGAACAGUCGCUGCGCGACGACCUACCGGCGCACCAGGCCGACCACGCUGCGGCCGUUGCGGCAUGGGAGCGCCGUGGCUCGCCUUCGCGCGACGAGGCGCCGGCCAACGGUGCAGCGCCCGAAGCCGCGCUCGCCGGUGGAGACGUCUCGAUGACGAACGGCGACGAGGCAAACGACGCUGCGGCCGCCGAGGGUGGCCCGCCGGAGAAGAAGUGGCGCUUCAGCGACGACCAGCGGCACCAGAUCUGCAUCUGCGUCGUCAUCGAGGACGCCAUGGCGCAGGUGCAGGCCGAGAAGAUCGGCUUCGAGAAGGGCGAGGUGCCUACGACGAUCAUCAUGGCGCGCAAGAACCUGUACGCGCGCCUCGCAGAGUUGCUGCCCGAGCCUGGCUGGUCGACGUCGACGCAGAUCUCGCGAGAGUUUGCGAACCUCAAGCGCCGCUUCGCGGAGGCGCUCGGCACGGACCCGAAGCUCGACCAGUAGCCGUCAUCGCCAUUCAGCACGUCAUAAUGAUACAUUCACACCGAGGGGUAUAGU